ACUCGCAAACCACACAUUAAAUGUUCCAGCAACAGUUAUCAUAACCGCCCCUCCACCCCUCCUACAUAGCUAAAGAAACAAAAACCCCGAGCCCUCCUCCCCUCCUCCCCUUCUAUAUGCACGCCCAUAUUCCACGGUCGACCUAUUCAUCCUCACCGCUGCUAGUCCUCCGACAUUCGUUCCUGGCAUCGCAAUGCCGGCGGCUCUCCUCUUCUUCUUUCCGGGGGCAAAGCGUAGUCUCUCGGAGGUGUUGUUCUAACACCCUGCCGCCAAUUGCCCCGCAACGGCCAACAGCAGCGACGGUGGAGGCGGGGUGUUCAAGGCCAUUGGUAACUAGCUCGAGGAUGAGCACGAGCAUUAUUGAGGUCUUGUUUGGGAAACGGGUCAAGAAGGGAAUAGAAAGGGAGGCAGGAGUUAGCUCGAGGUAUUUGGACUCUGGGACUGAAGAUGCUAUUCUGGGGCGGAGUUUGCUGCAUAAGAACCAUAACGAUGAAUUUUUGAGAUGCACGGAGUUUGACCGGGAGGGUGAGAUUCCCUCUUUUCCUCUUUUCCUGGGGGAUGUGUUGAUUGGGCUGCAGGAAAUGUUACGGUGGUAUCUGGAGAAUUUAAGAAGAAUGAGCUGUGUGCUAAGGUUUGAUUGCCUUUUUGGUCAAGAUGAUAGGGUACUAAAUUGGCCGCGGUGGAUAGCAUGGAUUAAUGGCUCGGGAUCUCCGUAAACUUUGGGUUCCCAGUAUAAUCGUACCACAUAUUCUCGUCCGGAAGAACUCAAUUCUUGUCAACCUAUUACACAUCCGGGCACUGAUCAAGGCGGACACAAUCUUGCUAUUUGAUGUUUACGGCUCGACCGACUCUUACACACAAUCGGUCUUUAUGUACGAUCUUGAGGGAAAACUACGGCAAGGAUCAAAGGCUAUGGGCGGUCUCCCAUACGAAAUGCGGGCACUGGAAGCGAUCUUAAUCUCCGUCACGGCUGCCCUAGAAGCUGAAAUGAAGGUUUUACAGGAGCUUGUUAUCACUUUACUUGGGGAACUGGAAGAAGAUAUCGAUAGAGACAAAUUACGGCUAUUACUUAUUUACUCGAAAAAGUUGUCAACUUUCGAGCAGAAAGCUAAAUUAAUUAGGGAUGCCAUUGAAGAGAUUCUGGAAGCGGAUGACGACCUAGCGGACAUGUACCUCACUGAAAAGAUGUUGGGGAAGACCCGGCCGACAGAGGAGCACACGGAGAUUGAAAUGCUGCUUGAGUCGUACCAUAAGAUAUGCGAUGAGAUUGUCCAAAUUUCAAGUAAUUUGGUCUCAAGCAUUCGGAACACCGAGGAAAUGUAACCUACCCACUUCAUAUACACAAGGAAGGAUUUAGCUGACAACCUGAAGUGUCAAUAUUAUCCUCGACGCAAACCGCAAUUCCCUCAUGCUCCUCGACCUCAAAUUCUCCAUCGGAACCCUGGGUAUUGGCUCGGGUACCUUCAUAGCCGGUCUCUACGGCAUGAAUCUCAAAAACUUUAUCGAAGAGUCCGAUCUAGCCUUCUGGGGUGUCUCCGGCUGGGCAUUCAUCUUCUCGGCGAUCAUAUGUGCUUAUGGACUCCACAAGCUCCGCCGAACCCAGCGCCUAACAAUGUGGGGUGAGAGUGGAGCGAAAGAGGGUAAACGCGGCUGGCUGAGCCUUGGGAAUAAAAAGACUGGUGGCAGCGCAGCCGCGAAGGCCAAAUUAGCCGGCCGGUUCGAUGCUCUUCAGAAACGGCGGUUCGGCAGCGUUAUUGAGAGGAACCCGAGCAGUUUUCCGCCUCUGCAGUUGGUUCCAGAUAAGAAGAGGUAAAGUAAAUCAUAUGAAGAUAUUAUUUUGUGUAAACUUAUGAUCUUGGUUUGUAAUACUUUCUGUUUUCCAUUUCUUUAUUGUACACUUCCCAGUUUCUAUAUACGGUUGGGGCUUCUCAUCGGGCUAGCCUAGGCGUUUGCUUUUUCCCCUCUCCUUUUUCCUUGAUGGGGUUUUUCUGCCUUUUGGGCACAGUAAUUUCUUGUUCCCCUUCUCCUCUCUAUCUUCAUUUCUUCUUUUGUUGAUUUUUGGCGCGAAGGGAUAGAUACAUGAGUUAUUGUAGAAAAUGUAAAGUAUAUCGAAUCAUGACAUAGGCCGCGAGCGCGGCUUAAA